AAGAGUAGAAUGUUGCUUUAUCUCAGCGUUGCCUCACCUUAAGGUGCCCGUUAGGGGGCGCUGCACGAACAUUUCCGUCGGUGCUCGCGCGAUCAGUGCGAUCCCCUUCAGAAGGUCAGUGACUUCCUUUCACGAGCAGAAGCGCAGCGUUAUGCCUAACGACCGGUACAAGGCUCUUACCGAAGACGCGCCGGCACAAUCGCGGGCUGCCCCCGCUCCAUCUGGGACGGGUGCCCACUGUUCGCGACUGCGCGAACUUGCCGUCCGAAUACCGCGCAGCCGCACGUGUCGAAGAAGGAGCUUUCGCGACAGCAAGGCUCCGAUACUCGACGAAGAGGAGAACUGCCACUUCUCGUGGUCGUCGUCCUCUCCUUCGCCGUCUCCAGAGCCCCGCGGUACCAGACGACAGCUGUCCUGUGAUAUCGAGCCUUCGCCAUCUUGCACGCCCAAGGGUUACCUUGUCUUCGUCGAUUCGAGCCCCGAACGCGAAGACAAAAGCGAGAAGACAGUUAUCGUGCCACCUACGGACGUUCUGCUGCCAUGCUCUCUAAGCUCGAACCUAACGAGCGAUUUCGAAAGCGACCCGAAGUGGACUGGCAGCCCUCCACAGACACCUGCCGGCUGUCUCAACGUGACGGCAAGUAGCGGACCCAUAUGCCGCAUUUGUCACGAGGGAGACCAACAGGAAUCGCUUGUGUCGCUGUGCAGGUGCUCGGGCACUAUGGGCCUCCUGCACGUUUCCUGCCUAGAGCGCUGGCUGAACGCCCGUAACGUAGACUACUGCGAACUUUGCCAUCACCGCUUUCCAACCGCGGGCCAAGCCACUUGCCUGCGCCAGUUCUUCCACUGGGCGCUGCACGGCGAUUCGCAGCGGGCGGUGCUGGGAGACUUGUUCUGCUUCGCGCUCCUGACGCCGGUGGCCGCGCUCAGCUGUUUCUUGUGCACCCACAGCGCCUCGAAGCAAGCGCUCGAAGGCCACAUCAUGGAGGCGGCCAGCCUGGUCACCCUGGCCGGCCUCUUGGUCACAGCCUACGUGGCCUGGUCGUUUCUCACAGUUCGCUUCCACUACCGAGCGUUCGCGGCAUGGCAGGCAAGGAAUCCGAUGCGCAGGAUCCUGGCACCGCCUUUCGCCAGGGGAGCAGCUGUAGGCGGACACGACAGGACGACAGGUGGUCAAUCAGCGGGCCUGCGAGAGCUGGUGGACGUCGUUGCUGGAAGCGUCAACGAAACAGGGCGCACGUCCUCGCCACAGGGUCAAGGCGGCGGCCGACAAGCGCAUCUGGAACCUUCGCCGAACGUUUUGCCAGAAGACCUGCCUUCUGCGCUGCAGCAGCCAGUCUACGCGGUUGGCCCCUUUGCAGGCUUCGUGUUUUGGUAGAUAUUUGUUGUAGUUUUGAUAAACAUCGUUAUUUGUUUUAGCGUCUAAGCAAUAUGAUGCGUUAAGUAUUCGUUGUAAUUUAAACAUUCUUGGCGGACUGUCAGCGCUGUGAAACUUCGCCUGUUUUAACUUGUUUUUACUCGAUACGUUCCUGCAAAUAAAGACAGCUUGCACGCAUUUU